GUAGUGACGUAAUUCUGCCGCGCCGGUUGGCAGCGCGGAAGUGGCGAGCAGAAUGGAGCGGCUCGGCCCCGGGCGGCCGGCGCUGCUCUUCGCGCCCUUCGCCAGCGCCCUGGACGCGGGCUUCUGGCACGAACUCACCCGCAGGAAGCUGAAUGACUACAGGUUGGACGAGAGUCCUCGGAACAUCAGGGGCUAUUACUAUAAUGGUGAUCCGGCUGGUCUGCCAACCCGACUAACUUUGGAGUUCAGUGCGUUUGAUGUGAAUGCUGUGACUUCACCUCGAUGUUGCCCUGUUUUUGGGACUCUGUACAACACCAAUACUCUACAGUUAUUUAAAUCCACUGAUAAGAAGGCCUUGCUGGAGCAAAUGGGAUUGGAGAUUUGGGAAGCUAUUAAAUCUGGAAGAGCAAUUGAGGAUCCUUCAUUGUUGAGCACUUUUCUUCUGUUGACUUAUGCUGAUUUAAAAAAGUAUCAUUUCUACUACUGGUUUGCAUUUCCUGCAUUGUGCUUCACGGAAGCGAUACCCAUAGUUCAGCCACCAGUCAGCUUGGCAGACAAGUUCUCUACAAGUCAGAUCCAGACUCUCCAAGAAGCUUACGAUGAACUUUGCCAAAAGGAGGAAACUACAGCGAUUCCUUAUUUUCUGGCCAAAUACACAGAAGAUUCUGUUUCAUUGACAUCUUUGAGAAACUGGAAUGAAUUUUUCAAAGGUCAGACCAAGGUCACGGUUGGUGUCUAUGAUCCUUGUACCUUAACCCAGUAUCCAGGAUGGCCUCUGCGAAACCUUCUGGUCCUCAUAGCCUACAACUGGGGUAGCUUUCUGGACUCACUUGAAGUUCUCUGCUUUAGAGAUCGAACUAUGCAAGGGGUCAGAGACAUCCGGCACAGCAUCAUCUUUGAAAUAAAACUUCCACGAAUGGCAUCUGUCACAGGUUGUCCAAAGUGUGUUGGUUGGGAAAAAAACCAGAAAGGAAGUCUGGGUCCAAGGAUGGUCAAUCUCAGUGAAUGUAUGGAUCCUAAGAGGCUGGCUGAGUCAUCUGUUGAUCUCAAUCUUAAAUUAAUGCGUUGGCGCCUGGUACCAACCCUUGACCUGGAGAGUGUUGUGACUACACGGUGCUUGCUGCUUGGAGCUGGGACACUAGGCUGUAAUGUAGCAAGAACUCUCAUGAGUUGGGGAGUAAGACAGAUCACCUUUGUGGACAAUGCAAAGGUGUCCUACUCUAACCCAGUACGCCAGUCCUUGUAUGAGUUUGAAGAUUGUCUUGAAGGUGGCAAACCCAAAGCACUCGCUGCAGUGGAGAAACUACAAAAGAUCUUUCCUGGCGUGAAAGUGGAAGGAUAUAACCUAACCAUACCAAUGCCCGGUCACCCAGUGAAUUUUUCUGAGGUGACGAUACAACAGGCACAGAAUGAUGUUGAACAACUGGAGAAGCUCAUUUGCUCGCAUGAUGUCAUUUUCCUGCUAAUGGACACACGUGAGAGUCGCUGGCUCCCCACAGUCAUUGCUGCCAGUCAGCGCAAGUUAGUUAUUAAUGCAGCUUUGGGGUUCGAUACAUUUGUUGUGAUGAGACAUGGUCUGAAGAAGCCCAAACAGGAGUGUGGAGAACCUGCUUCAGCUGCCACCGCCAUGCCUUCCUCUGUGAUGGGCUCUUCGCUCUUCUCAAACAUUCCUGGCCACAAGCUGGGCUGCUACUUCUGUAAUGAUGUGGUAGCACCUGGAGAUUCAACUAGAGACCGCACUCUGGACCAGCAGUGUACUGUAAGUCGUCCUGGCUUGGCCAUGAUUGCUGGAGCACUCGCUGUGGAGUUGAUGGUUUCUAUACUACAACAUCCUGAAGGUGGGUAUGCAGUAGCCAGCAGCAGUGACGACCGACUGAAUGAGCCUCCAACAUCUCUUGGACUUGUCCCACAUCAGAUCCGUGGCUUUUUAUCAAGGUUUGACAACGUCCUUCCAGCAAGUCUAGCUUUUGAUAAGUGCACAGCGUGCUCACCAGUUGUCCUUGACCAUUUUGAAAAAGAAGGCUUUCAGUUCCUAGCAAAUGUUUUCAACUCUUCUCAUUCUUUCCUGGAAGAUCUUACUGGACUGACUCUUUUACACCAGGAGACCCAGGCCGCUGAGAUAUGGGAUAUGAGUGACGACGAAAGCUUCUGAAAAUAGUCUGCGUGUUCCAAAAGGAUGAUGUUUGAUAUUCACUUGCAGAUUGAAGAACCCUUUCCAGAGUGUGAUUCUAAAGUGCAAUAACAGCCACCCUGGAGCAGGCUGAGCAGUCUUUGUCAUUUCCAUUGGGACAUUCAGCUUAAUUAAGAAGCAUUUUGUCUUCAAUAAGUAAAUUUUAUCUCCUAAUCUCUUUUUGGAGUUGAAAAUGGGCGAAUGUUCAUGGUGCUUUCAGCCAGAACACCAGCCCAGAGAUUAUUAUCAAAGCAUUAGCAAUAAAAGCAAUAACCUUUGAUCUGAAUAUUCUUGCAUAUGUUCGAGCUCAUUCUGUAUAUUUUUAGCCUAGCAUUGGUGCAAUGAUCCAUGCUACUAACUUGGGACAUGAACAUUUGUUGAAGUUACAAUUCAUUCUUGAAAAUAAACAUUUCUGAUUGUCAACUGUUUUUCCCAAAGUAAAAGCAAUUUGUUUUAAUUGGUCAGUGCAAGCCAGUAGUCUUUGUGAUAAUGAAUUUUAACUGAAUAUGAAGAGUUUAUCGCUCAAACCAUUGGUUUCAUUUCCAUGAAUCAAUUUUGUGCUGUAUUGACAUCUUUUUCACAUUCUACAAUUCACUGACCCUGAAACCUCUGCACCUGUACAUGCUGGUGGAAUCUGCAUGCAACACUUACUACCUACUGCAUAAUUAAAAAUGGGUGAUUUCAUAGGAAUUAAAAAUGAACCUGUAUUUGUUUGUACAUUCAGCUGUUGCUUCGCUCCUUAUAAUUUGUGCUGAAUGAUAGCAAAAAUAAAACCCAGCAGGCUGAUA